UCGUUACCUCGCGUGUGCGUGGAUGUGCACGCGUCCACUGACGUUGAGCACCACGCCACAUUUGCACGGAGGCGGCACUGGAUGGCGUCCCCAGGCUUCUGGUCCCUCGGUGGGGACAAUCCGGGCAGCCAGAGCCCCAACACGCCCCGGGCUUGGUGCCAGGCAGCGGCCCAGAAACUCUCCGGAGGGCUCGGAUCGAAAUUAUGUGCGCUGCUGAACGUCGGGGAGGUGGACAAAGGUGCAGCCGAGCCCGCCGCCAAGGAGCCCCAGACGGCGACGGAAGGAUGCGGCUGCAACAAAAGCUGCAACUGCACCAAAGCUGCUGUAGUCUUCUCCGAUCUCUAUUCAACAGACCUUCUUCCAGCCAUGGACGGCGACAGCAAGACCAUGACCUUCCUGCAGGAGGUGGUGGACAUCCUGCUGGCCUACAUCGUCGAGUCGUUCGACCGCGACACCAAAGUGAUCGACUUCCAUUAUCCAAACGAGCUGCUGCAGAUGAACAACUGGGAGCUGCAGCAUGAUCCCGCCACGCUGGACGACAUCUUGAUCAGCUGCCGAGCCACCCUCAAGUACGCCAUCAAGACAGCCCACCCGAGGUACUUCAACCAGCUCUCCACAGGAUUAGACAUGGUCGGCCUGGCUGCUGACUGGCUGACGUCCACCGCCAACACCAACAUGUUCACCUACGAGGUGGCACCAGUGUUCGUGCUGCUGGAGUACGUUACUCUGAAGAAGAUGAGGGAAAUCAUCGGCUGGCAGGACGGCCGUGGAGAUGGCAUCUUCUCCCCUGGUGGUGCUAUUUCCAACAUGUAUGCCAUGCUGUUGGCCCGCUUCAAGAUGUUCCCUGAAGUCAAGGAGAAAGGGAUGUCGUCCGUCCCCAGGCUGGUGGCCUUCACGUCUGAACACAGUCAUUUCUCCAUCAAAAAAGGAGCAGCAGCCCUCGGUAUUGGCACAGAAAGCGUCAUCUGCAUCAAGGCUGAUGAAAGUGGCAAGAUGAUCCCUGCUGACUUGGAGAGGAGGAUUCUGGAGGCCAAACAGAAGGGGUUCGUCCCGUUUUUUGUCAGCGCCACGGCCGGCACGACGGUGUACGGCGCCUUCGACCCUCUCAUCGCCGUUUCGGAUAUUUGCAAGAAGUACAACAUCUGGAUGCACGUGGAUGGGGCGUGGGGAGGAAGUCUGCUCAUGUCCCGGAGACACAGGUGGAAGCUUGAUGGCGUUGAGAGGGCCAAUUCAGUGACAUGGAACCCACACAAGAUGAUGUCCGUCCCACUGCAGUGUUCUGCCCUGCUGGUGCGAGAGGAGGGUCUGAUGCAGAACUGCAACCAGAUGCACGCCUGCUACCUGUUCCAGCAGGACAAGCAUUACGACCUCUCCUACGACACCGGAGACAAAGCUCUGCAGUGCGGACGCCACGUGGACAUCUUCAAACUGUGGCUUAUGUGGAGGGCCAAGGGUACCAUCGGGUUUGAGGCUCAGAUUGAUAAAUGUCUGGAGCUGUCAGAGUAUCUGUACAACAAGAUUAAGGACAGGGAAGGAUACGAGAUGGUGUUUGACGGCAAACCUCAGCACACCAACGUCUGCUUCUGGUACCUUCCUCCCGGGAUCCGCUACAUGGAGGAUAAAGAAGAGAAGAAGAAACGCUUGCACAAGGUGGCGCCGGUCAUCAAAGCCCGUAUGAUGGAGUACGGUACCACCAUGGUCAGCUACCAGCCGCAGGGGGACAAGGUCAACUUCUUCCGCAUGGUCAUCUCCAAUCCUGCUGCCACCUUCGAGGACAUCGACUUUCUUAUCGAGGAAAUCGAACGCCUCGGCCAGGAUCUAUAAGACUUCGUCUCGAUGAAUUGUUUGUGGUGAAUGUAAUUGGUAAACUUCCUUUAUUCCUCCAAAUGAAGCUAUUUAAGAGUAUAUUUGUGAUAUACAUAUAUAUAUAAAUAUAUAUAUAUACAGUAUCUAUAUUAUGUAUUGUCGCUUGGCUGUGGACUGGGCGGCGCCGCGUUCACCGCUUUGUAAAAGUGCUUCUGUCCGCCUCUUUGCUAGUGUCGUUCCGCCCGGAGACGUGUGAUACGUGCUGUAACGUAAGCUGUACGUUUGUGUCAUGUGCAAUAAUUCCACAAUUAACUUUUUUAUUAAUUAAUUUUUCAAUCAAUUCAUCAUUUUUCCAGUGCCAAAGCGGCUGUGUUCUUGCGCGACUAGCAUUUAUUCGUGGGUGGAAAGAGCACUUUGCCUUCCUUGCCUCAGCUUAAUUAACUGCCUUUAGCUCAUUUGCCGAUGCUAGCUUACCGCCGACUUAUACAAACAAACAUGGCCGCCAUUAGAACUAAGUCAAUGUUGAAUUAGGAAAGGUAAUGAAUCAAGGAGGUGAAUGAAAGUGGGAUUGUUAGCACACCGCUAGCUUCAUCGCUAAACGCAAUCGGACUUGGUGUCAAAAUAUUAUUUUAGAUAUUAGCAUAAUUUGAAUUGUCGGAACGUUGGUUCUUGAAGUAGCCACUCCAGAACCAAAUAACAACUUCCUGUUAUGUAAAUGAGCUGGUUUUGAUUGCUAAUAGAGGCCUAUCAAUCCAGGAGGUUGCUAUACGAGAUCCAUCAUGUUGUUCAAAGUAGAGUGGGGGUUUGUUCGUCUUGAAGUAGCCACUCCAGAACCAAAUAACUUCCUGUUAUGUAAAUGAGCUGGUUGGAUCAUCAUAUUGUUCAAAGUAGAGUGGGGGUUUGUUCGGCUUGAAGUAGCCACUCCAGAACCAAAUAACAGCUUCCUGUUAUGUAAAUGAGCUGGUUUUGAUUGCUAAUAGAGGCCUAUCAAUCCAGGAGGUUGCUAUACGAGAUCAUCAUGUUGUUCAAAGUAGAGUGGGGGUUUGUUCGGCUUGAAGUAGCCACUCCAGAACCAAAUAACUUCCUGUUAUGUAAAUGAGCGGGUUUUGAUUGUUAAUGGAGGCUUAUCAAUCCAGGAGGUUGCUAUACGAGAUCCAUCAUGUUGUUCAAAGUAGAGUGGGGGUUUGUUCGGCUUGAAGUAGCCACUCCAGAACCAAAUAAAAACUUCCUGUUAUGUAAAUGAGCUGGUUUUGAUUGCUAAUAGAGGCCUAUCAAUCCAGGAGGUUGCUAUACGAGAUCCGUCAUGUUGUUCAAAGUAGAGUGGGGGUUUGUUUGGCUUGAAGUAGCCACUCCAGAACCAAAUAACAACUUCCUGUUAUGUAAAUGAGUCAGUUUUGAUCGCUAAUAGAGGCCUAUCGAUCCAGGAGGUUGCUAUACGAGAUCCAUCAUGUUGUUCAAAAGUAGAGUGGGGGUUUGUUCGGCUUGAAGUAGCCACUCCAGAACCAAAUAACAACUUCCUGUUAUGUAAAUGAGUCGGUUUGAUUGCUAAUACAGGCCUAUCAAUCUAGGAGGUUGCUAUACGAGAUCCGUCAUGCUGUUCAAAGUAGAGUGGGGUUUGUUCGGCUUGCUACAAGUGCGUUAGCAUUGUUUCUAACGGACUAUUUUGUGUCUUUCUGUUAAUUUUUACCAAUUUUUGACCUUUUUUUUUAGUGUCCAUCUAUUACGUUGUGGUCGUCUACCACCAUUCGUUUUUAGUUAGAUGAAUGCGUAUUUCUUCUUUUUUUUUAUUUAGAGGCCACAACAAAAAAGCCUCCUUGAUUCCUCCUAAAGCAAUAUGGGUCCAAUCAUUAGAAAGCACAAUUAGCUCCACAUGGUGUACAAUCACUUGAUGUAAAUAGUAUAUACAUGUAUAUGUACAUAAGACGUAUAAGCAGAGACUAUUUGUGAGGUAUGUCCUAUUUUCUAGUCUAAAGGUCUUGUUUGUCUUCUAUUUCUUUGUGUGUCAACUUGUUUCUUGUAUACAAAGGGGACCGAAGUGUGUAUUUCCCUAUUCUGUGUCCCCGAGUGUGUCGUGAGCGUGCAGCGGCCAUGUUGGGGCCCCCUUUUGGAAGCACUUUUGUGGUGACAGUUUGUGUGUUUGUGUAAGUGUGCUGCCUUAGUAUCGCGUAUAGUUCUCUCUUGUGCACUUUAGUAUACACACACACACACACACACACACACAUGAACCAAUGACCUUUAAAUUUAAAAUGACCUUUAAAUUGGGGUGUACUCUAACUUUGAAUGUGCAAUCACACUUUAUGUGUUUAUAAAAAUUGAUGGUAUUUUUGAAUGCAGCUCCGUUGCGACGAGGUGGUCCGGUCCGACACAGGCAACAUCCGCGGCGUCGGCGCCAAACGUCGUGCUUGUCGUGGCGUCGCUUCCUGCUGCCCGUUUGCACGUUUGCAUGCGCCGCCUUGCCUGCCCCGCUUAUGUGAUGUACAGCCUCCUAUGUAUAUUUAACAGUAUAUAUCCACGUCUGUAUCUAUUUAUAUACAUAUAUUUAUAUACAUAUAUAUAUACACAGUGUUGUUGCUUUGUAAGUAGCUUUGUCUAGCUUGUAUAACCUCGUAUACGCUUUUAUGUGCUUCCUGUAUAUGUCUGUCUGUGCAGCCUGCAUGCUGACCUUGCCUCGUGACCUCUUGCGCUUCACGCUCUGUCUUCCUCUUCUUCUUCUUCUUCUUCUUCUUCUGCCGCUUUGCCUGUCGCCGCCCUAAGUGUGAUAUAUUCUCGCUGCAUGUUCCAGCCGCUCUGUCGCCGUAUUUAACCUUUUCUCUCUUUCGCUCCUGGCAGCGACGACCUCUCGGCUAGCUUAAAACUGCCACUGCUCCGUUUGCGCGCCCGACAUGCCAUGUUGACUUGUGUCGGAGCGGCCUUAACUGUCACAGACGCCCCCCCCCCUGAAGCAGUAAAAAAAACGGAUCAAAUCUAACCCUUUAUUGCUAAUAUAUCAGAAUCCCAAUCAUUUACACUAGAUGUGGUUCCAAGUCCUGCUCUGUAUUCCGCUAAGUGAUUUCUGUCCUGAAUUAUGUGUUAUAACAAAAUAAAUAUUUAAGUAAUUUAA